CAUAAGUAGAAAAUGGGGAAGAACAAUAUCCUUACGCAAUCUACAGUUCUUGCAAUGGUUUUAACCGCUGCAAUAAUGGUGAAAGAAGUUACAAGCCUUACCAUUUGCCAAAUCGACAUAAACGAUAUGCAGAAAUGUCGUCCAGCCGUCACUGGAAUCAACCCCCCGCCUCCGGUCAGCGAGUGCUGCGUAGUGGUCCGAUCCGCUAAUUUGGAAUGCUUCUGCAGAUUCAAGUUUUAUCUCCCUAUUUUAGGGAUUGAUCCAUCUAAAGUUGCGGCUCUUGUAGCCAAAUGUGGCGUUAUAGCAAUCCCUCCUAGUUGCCGAGUUUGAAGAAUGGAGCUUGAGACAUAUAUAUGUCUCUACGGUGCUGCAAGUGUUUGUUGGGUCUUGUCCUGCAUCUGAUCUGAAUAUCUGAUGUACUGAAUUUACGAUGUUUUAUUGUUCUAAUCCAAAUAAAUCAAAGAAUUGUAAUGAUGUUCGAGAUACCUUGUGUUGUGUAUAGAGGAAGACCAUGUUCUAUAUAUUCAGGAAAACGGUAAAGCAUAAAGCUGUUUA